AUGGUGUUGCUCAUCACAAAAUCGUUCCUUUUUCCUCUCCUUCUGUUCCUCUCUUGCCAAACUUCAUCUGCCUUGUUCAAUCCGCCAGACAAUUACUUGAUCUCAUGCGGCUCAUCGCAAAACACAACCUUCCAAGGAAGAACCUUUGUGCCAGACUCUCUCCACUCAUCUCUCCUACUCAAAACCGGAAACUCCUCCAUAGCAACCAGCUCCAAUUCCACCAACUCGAUCUACCAAACCGCUCGAGUCUUCUCCGGUUUAGCUUCGUACCGAUUCAAAAUCACAUCUUUGGGUCGACAUUGGAUCCGUCUCCACUUCUCGCCGAUCAAGAACUCCACCUGGAACCUAACCACCGCUUCAAUCACAGUCGUCACAGACGACUUCGUCCUCUUGAACAACUUCUCCUUCAAGAGCCAAAACGCCUCUCACAUCUUCAAAGAGUACACAGUCAAUGCAACCUCAGAUCUCCUAACACUAACUUUCAUCUCUUCCAACAACUCAGUAGCGUUUGUCAACGCAAUUGAAGUCGUCUCUGUUCCUGACAACCUUAUCCCCGAUCAAGCUCUGGCUCUAAACCCUUCCUCUCCCUUCUCCGGCCUCUCCCAGCUCGCGUUCGAAACAGUCUACAGGCUAAACAUGGGAGGACCGUUGAUAACCUCAGAGAACGACACGUUGGGGAGACAAUGGGAGAACGACGCAGAGUACCUCCACGUCAACAGCUCUGUUCUCGUCGUCACAGCGAACCCUUCCUCCAUCAAGUACUCUGUUUCCACGACGCAGGAGACAGCUCCCAACAUGGUCUACGCGACUGCUGACACGAUGGGCGAAGCCAACGUGGCGAGCCCGAGCUUCAACGUGACCUGGGUGCUUCCUGUGGAUCCAGACUUCAGGUACUUCGUCCGUGUUCACUUCUGCGAUAUCGUGAGCCAGGCGUUGAACACGCUCGUCUUCAACCUCUACGUGAACGAUGAUCUCGCUCUCGGAAGUCUUGACCUUUCCUCGUUGGUCAACGGUCUUAAAGUUCCUUACUUUAAAGAUUACAUCUCCAAUGCUUCUUCCGCUGAGUCUUUGUUAACCGUUAGCGUUGGACCUGACUCGCAAGCUGAUAUCACCAACGCGACGAUGAACGGUUUGGAGGUUUUGAAGAUUAGCAACGAAGCUAAGAGCUUGAGCGGUGUCUCCUCCGUUAAGUCUCUUCUCCCCGGAGGAGGAUCAGCUUCCAAGAAGAAGAAAGUCGUGAUCUUUACCUCCGUUGUUGGUGCCGUCACCGCCGUGAUCCUCAUCGCCGUUUGCUGCUAUUGCUGCUUAGCCGCGUCGAGGAAGAAGCGGUCGUCGUCGACGAGUCCUCAAGAAGGAGGACAUCCGUGGCUUCCAUUGCCGUUAUACGGACUCUCUCAGACGCUAACAAAGUCAACAGCUUCUCACAAGAGCAACACCGCGAGCUGCAUCUCCUUGGCGUCAACGCAUCUCGGCCGUUGCUUUAUGUUUCAAGAGAUCAUGGAGGCGACGAACAAGUUCGACGAGGGCUCUCUCCUCGGAGUAGGCGGGUUCGGGCGUGUCUACAAAGGGACGUUGGAAGACGGGACGAAAGUCGCGGUGAAGAGAGGGAACCCUAGGUCAGAGCAAGGCAUGGCCGAGUUUCGCACCGAGAUCGAGAUGCUCUCGAAGCUGAGGCAUCGGCAUUUAGUCUCGCUGAUCGGAUACUGCGACGAGAGGUCGGAGAUGAUACUUGUCUACGAGUACAUGGCGAACGGACCCCUGAGGAGUCAUCUCUACGGAGCUGAUCUUGCUCCUCUGUCUUGGAAACAGAGGCUCGAGGUCUGCAUCGGAGCGGCGAGAGGGUUGCAUUAUCUCCACACCGGAGCGUCGCAGAGCAUUAUACAUAGAGACGUGAAGACGACGAAUAUCUUGUUAGACGAGAACUUGGUGGCGAAAGUCGCCGACUUUGGGCUGUCCAAGACCGGUCCGUCGCUGGACCAGACUCACGUGAGCACGGCGGUUAAAGGGAGCUUCGGGUAUUUGGAUCCGGAGUACUUUAGGAGGCAGCAGCUGACGGAGAAGAGUGAUGUGUAUUCGUUUGGGGUUGUGUUGAUGGAGGUGCUGUGUUGUAGACCGGCGUUGAACCCGGUUCUGCCGAGGGAGCAGGUGAAUAUAGCGGAGUGGGCGAUGGCGUGGCAGAAGAAGGGGUUGCUUGAUCAGGUAAUGGAUGGGAACUUGACGGGGAAGGUGAAUCCGGCGUCGCUGAAGAAGUUUGGGGAGACGGCGGAGAAGUGUUUGGCGGAGUAUGGGGUUGAUAGGCCGUCGAUGGGGGAUGUGUUGUGGAAUCUGGAGUAUGCGUUGCAGCUUGAGGAGACGGCGAUGGAGCCUGAUGAUAAUAGCACGAAUCAUAUUCCCGGGAUUCCGAUGGAGCCGAUGGAGCCGUUUGAUAAUAGUAUGAGUGUGGUUGAUAGAGGAGGAGGAGGAGGAGGAGGAGGAGGAGGGAAUUCGGGGACUGGGACUGAUGAUGAUGCGGAGGAUGCGACUACGAGUGCUGUGUUUUCGCAGCUUGUUCAUCCUCGUGGAAGGUAG